GAUGCUGGCACGAUAAACCCAGCCAACGAUCAGUCCGUUGUAAUCCGACUUCUCCAAGUCACCGAGCUAGCCCAGAGGGUGCUCAACUUCAUCAGCCCGAGCAUCGGCGACAUCACCGCCCUGGCCAUGACGUGCAAGCGCGCGGCCGCAUUGACGCGUGCGAGCUAUGACUUUUGGGACUUCAACCUUGGCUCCUUUCCUACCGACGAUUAUGUCGAGAAACGAGACGGUCGUGACCGCGUCCUCCAGGGCGACGGGGUUCGGUCCACCACCUUGAUCAUCGCCCCGGCAUCGGACGAGCCAAAGAACCAAGAGAAACCUUAUAUGGCUGACUUCAAGAACAUGCUGCGGCUUUGUAAGUGCGUCGCCAUCACCGAGAUUCCAUCGACCUUCUCUUCCAUAAUCAUCGACCGGCUCCAGUUUUUUGACCUCGCCUUGUUUGAGAUGAUGGUCAAUACCAUGCCGAACCUAAAGGUGGUCACCAUCACCCGGUGCCCUAUGUUGGACGUCACCAAGUUGAGACCGUUGCUGGAGCUCAUCAAGCGCCACCCGCUUCGCUCGGGCACCGGCAAGGGGUCUCGCGAUCCCCCCGACGACUCCUGGACUCACAAGGCUGCACAGAGCCCACCUCCCCUCGUGCCAGCCACACAAGUCGAUGCUCCACAGGGAUGGGGCGAGUCGCCAGAACGGGGCGCCAAAGCAUACAUCCGCCUCGACUUCUUCCCUUUCUUUUUCCACGGGCCCCCGUCUGGUCCUCGUCUGGGCUCCUAUGGGGUGACACAUAAUGAGCCAACCUUCAAUACCCCCAAGGCCGUCUUCGCCUUGAUUCUGCAAUGCCAGGACCUUGCCAAAGAGGUCGGCUUGGACCUGCUCAGCGACAGCUCCUCCUUCUGGAGCUUCAUCCGUCAGCUACCUGGGCCGGACGUUCUCUGGGCUCUGAAAGCCCGGGAGGCCGUGAUCACGCGUGAGCGCGAGCUCGCCGAGGGCAAAAAAACGAGGAAGGAAAUUGAGAACGACUUCGCCGACGACCUUACUGCCGCUCUGACAGGCGACAACCAGAAGCAUCCAAAGGUACCCCCCGCCAUGAUGAGGUACCUGCCUUCCAGCUUUGAGACGAAGGGCAAGUACUGGCGCCAACAGGAACGGUGCGGAAUGUGCCGCUUCACCUACCCGGUCUCCCUCUUCCCCCUUCGGCGGGACGCCUGCUGGAGCUGCAAGAUGACGCUAUUCGUUCUGAACAUGGAAGACAGCCAUCUCCGGCUCUGGCAAGAGACGGCUCUAAAACAUUGGCGUAUCGGCCUUGACCCGGCGUCGGAUAAGCUGGACCAGCUGCUCGCAAACGGGCCCGUAGCUCUGUCCAAGGCUUUUUACGAAGUGCAGUAUGCGGACUGGACGUGGGAAUACUUUCUCAACUUUGCCCCGGAACCCGACCUUGGCCCCGAAGGGAAGGCCAACGGCAACGCAUCCGUGGAUGACUGGGCGACAGGUACAGAGCAGAAGGUUCCGUACUGCCCUCCAACCCCCAGGAGUCUCGACCCUACUCGCGCUUCACUGGCCCGCUGGCGGUGGGCCCAUAGUCCGGCCACCAAGGCCUUCGAUUACAGAGAGGGCGGACCGCAGCGUGCACACCCCUGCAUGUUCCCGUUGAGCCCUUCGAACGUUCAGGACUGUGACUUUGGCGCGGAGGAGAAGGAGCAUUUCAACAGGCGCUGGGUCUGGAGUUGGUUGAGCGAGAAUCUUCUCAUCCGUGUCUUGAUAGAGACUCGCCGUGAAACGCGCGCAAGAGGUGGCCACCUCGAGCGACCAGACGUUGACGAAAGCAACCACCGGCAUCCGUUUAUUCAGAAACAGCUGGAUCGCGCCCGCCGAGAUCCCGCCUGGCGCGCCGUUGUCCGCGACAGGGAACGGCGUCUCCAAAACAAACAAGACAAGACCGUGUACAUGGAUCAGCUCGCCCACGUCGAAGACUGCCUGCACUCCAUGUCGACCCUGGCUCGCAAGCCGUUCAACAUUGACAAGCCUAUUCCCGACCCGGCUCUCGACCGGGCUGCAUACAAGAAGCUGCUGGAGGAAGAGUCCCGCUUGCCCGGCUAUGGCUUCAGAAGGAACGGCGAGUGGCAGUAA